AUGUCAUCUCCGCAACAGCUCGCUCCAGAGCGCUCCAUAUUCGCUGUCGACCCAUUGGACGACUUUGUCACCAUCGUAGGCGACUGGAUCUACACCAAUGGAAGGGGCAAACCAAAUCUCGAGAUCGAGGGAAAGAUUGGACAGAUCAUCGACCAGGAAACCGGUGAAAGAAUACAGCUGCCAGUGCGCAACGAGACCAUUGUCGAUCUAAGCCGCACCAGGUUCGACAGCCGCAUGACCAUCUCACAACACGCCCAAUACAACCGCAUCCUCAAUUCUCUCGUAUCAAGAUCAGGGGAAUCCUCCUACACUGGAGCCAAGAUCAGCUAUCAGCGAAGAAAAGAGAUCGACUACUUCCAUCCAGCACCCUCUGGCAAAGUUCGCGUCACACGGGACGCAGAGACGCUCGCAAUCAAACCCGACGGGAUCGUCCAGAAGCAACGUAUAGCCGACCUCAACAUCCACUGUCCCAAUAGGCUCUUCGACUACCGCAUCAGCAUCAACGUCGAGAACCCAGCACAAGAACCCACUUCGGACCACGUCUCGAUACGCGAAAAGAACCGCCUCUCCUACGCCCAUCAGAACUUCAUCGUCGACCUCACGCAAGUCACCGUUCCCGAAAAACCACAGGAACCCAUCCACGAGCUCGAGAUCGAAAUUCGCGACGUCGACCAGUUGAUGCAAGCCGCUGCGAAUGCAAAGACCAACAACAACUCGUCCAACGGUUCUACACCCAACGCUAGCCAGGAUUGGUCCGCAUUCGACGAUCAAGUCCUCAUCUUUUUGAACAACAUCCGAAUGCUCAUCAGAAACGGCUCCGCCGAUGAAAGGCGCUAG